UGGUAAACGAAAAUCAUCAUGACGUACAAAUCAUAAAAUUACAUCAUGAUUGACUUUACAGAAAAAAAAGUAUAUAUAAUAAGGUACGCAAGUACCUUCUUUUUUUCUUCAUUAUUAUUAUUCAAAUAUAAACAUGUCUUCUCCCUCAAGAACUGAUGCUAAAAAGGACCAAUUCGUUGGUGAUGUCAAGGAAAAUGUUGGUGGCGCCGUAGGUAACAAGUCCCUCGAAUCCAAGGGUCAAGCUCAAAAUGCUGCUGGUCAUGGUCAAGAAACUGCUGCUACUGUGAGCGACUAUGUCACUGGUGCUGUGAACCAAGUUACUGGUGCUGUUAAGGGCGCUGUUAAUUCUCUUACUGGUAACACUUCUGGUGAAGCCUCUGCUAAGGUCGAAGAAAAGAAGGGUGAAGCUCAAAAGAACCUUUCUUAAAUUGAUGUAAAUAUAAUAAAGUGAUUGAUUGUAUAUACACAAUUCAAGGAG